AUGGCGAAUUUCUCCAGUAUUCACAUUCUCUUCUUCGUGUUCAUCACAAGCGGCAUUGCUGUUUCCGCCACCGUCUUCACGUUACAGAACAGUUGCCCAUACACCGUCUGGCCCGGAAUCCUCUCCGGCAACAGCAACACCCUCGGCGACGGCGGGUUUCCCCUGGCCACAGGCGCUUCCGUACAGCUCACCGCACCUCCGGGCUGGUCAGGCCGGUUCUGGGCUCGUACCGGCUGCAAUUUCGAUUCCUCCGGCCACGGAAACUGCGUCACCGGAGACUGCGGCGGUGUCCUCAAAUGCAUCGGAGGCGGAGUCCCUCCAACGACUCUCGCCGAAUUCACCGUCGGAUCGGGCGAUUCCGGGAAGGACUUCUACGACGUGAGCCUCGUCGACGGUUACAACGUCGAGAUGGGGAUAAAACCGCAAGGAGGCUCCGGCGAUUGCCAUUACGCAGGCUGCGUCGCCGACGUCAACGAGAUCUGCCCCAGCGAGCUCCGGAUCCUCGAUCCGCAGAACAACGGGCUCGUCGCCGCUUGCAAGAGCGCCUGCGCCGCGUUCAACUCCCCUGAGUUCUGCUGCACCGGUGCUCACGCGACGCCGCAGACUUGCUCUCCGACGCAUUACUCGGCCAUGUUUAAGAACGCUUGCCCUAGCGCUUACAGUUACGCCUACGACGACGCGACCAGCACCUUCACUUGCUCCGGAUCUAACUACUUGAUCACUUUCUGCCCAUCCCGGGCUUAA